CUGAAUGUGACUGUAGGUAUUCGCCCCGCCGAGCUGUGUGCAUAGGAACGUUCAACGCGGCUAGUUGUUGUUGUGCUGAUCAGCAAUUUCAAGUUAAUUGCAAACGGAAAGAUGACAAAUGGAUAUAGGUUCCUGGAUGGAAGAAGCUUCAUUUGGCUGCCCGCGCGGCUGUGUUGCAGUGUGCAGUGCGUAGGAAGCCCGCUGUGUGCACUAAUCGUAUUUGAUAGGAUAGCACGCUGUUGGUGUAAGUAGUGUUUAGUUGAGGCAAUUUAUCUGGUAUCAUGAUCACUGAAGCAACCCAUAGAGUUAUUAUCCACAAGAGAAUAUCAAUUCAAUUUGCGGGAGAAGAUUAUUUGGAAAAAUGCCGCUUUUCAAGGCAGCCUGCACACGGAGGGCUUUCUAUAGGAUUGGACGCUGGCCCCAUUGGCUGGCAGUGCGGUUGGAUGUAUUGUACAGUAGAUGCCGGAGCCGAACGUGUGCCGUCCUUUCUAUACGUCCGCCUAUUAUAAAGUCUACGUUUUCGCUCCAUUUAAUUGCUUUUCACCAAGCAUAAUACCGCCAGGAUUGACGCUCAGGACGCGCGAUAUGCGGUGCGGGAUAUCUGUUUCCUCUAUAGAAGCUCUGCUGCUGCAGCAUCGCACACAGCAGCAAUAUAUCGCGAGGAAGCAAUCUCCAAAAUGCUUCUGCCGGCGUUUGAUUUGUAUCUGGUAAACUAAUCUGCUUGAUGGAUGUUGAAUAUAAUGGGGAAGAAAAAGGACUGAAAGUCUUACUCCAUUCUCUCGAUAAAUGCUGCAGCGACCGGCUGUAUAUAUGCCCGCAAGGCGAUGAUGCAGUGUCUUUAUUAUGGUGUUCUCCCUUACUAGCCAUAAACUUGUCCCCGGCUUGUGGACCUUCCAUUACUGACUCGUACUUAACGCAAAUGUGUUUUUAACCGCACUGGAUCCUGGCGGGCAGCAGUGCCCAGCGUACAUACACAGUCUGCAUACGCGCGCGCCCAAAUACAGCUGCGGCAUCUACAUCGACACUUUUGCGGCGUUUAUGUGCCCUUUAGCAUCAAUAUACAUCCAUUAUCACUCGUUAGUGCUCCCAGUGCAGUCCGAUUGUCUAACUAUAAUAAUAUUAUACACGUGACAUUUUGCUGUACCGUUUGAACUUACCCGAAAUCUCUGUCUAGACAACAUCCGAUCGUCGCUGUUUUGGUUUCUUCGUAACGUAAACGGGAGUUUUCUUCGUGUUCAUCUGGUUUAAUUUCACGACACCAGAACAAUUCCGCCCUACCACGUGCAUAAUUUAGUGCUGUAUCCACUUACUACCAUUUCCGGCUUGCACUCAAGUAUCCAGACUGGGCAAUCUAUCGCCGCAUGGCCGGCAUCUCAUGCGGCAGUGCAGUCGAACAGUGAUAACAGCACUCCCGAGACAAGCCUUUUCCUGGCAGAUAACCUGUUUACGAAAACUGAACUUUAUUUUACAAAAACUGUUAUGGAUUCAGAGGUUGCGGGAGCCAUGUGUGUGUGACACCGUAUCCCAUUGAAAUUAUUUGAAAUACGUCUGUCUCAUGGAUCCGUUUGAUAGUUCUCGAACAUUACCUGCGGUUUCCGGCUCCCUGACAUGUGGAAAUUUGCUGCAUUGUUCUGGAUGUGGUACGGUGAUUUUGGAUCGCUUCUAUUUAAAAGCGUUAGAUAAACUGUGGCAUGAAGAUUGUCUGAAAUGCGCAUGCUGUGAUUGCCGCUUGGGAGAAGUGGGCAGCACCUGUUUCACAAAAGCCGACCUGAUAUUAUGUCGACGGGAUUACUUAAGACUUUUUGGCGGGGUGGGCCAUUGCAGUUCCUGCAAGAAACAGAUACCGGCUUUUGAACUUGUAAUGCGCGCCAACGGAAACGUUUACCAUCUGGAAUGUUUCAACUGCCACAAUUGUAGUUACAGAUUUUGCGUUGGGGAUCGCUUUUAUUUGUGGAAUAACCAAAUUCUUUGCGAAAUGGAUUACGAGGAUCGAAUGUUGUCUGGACUUUCCCAGCGCUCUCUGCAGAAUGGGAAUAUCCCGUCGAUACGCUCAUGUAUGCCGCAUUCGGUUAUAGUGCCCAACAGCACUCACCUUACAUGCGUCGUUAAUGAGCCGUCGGAAAUGAACAGAAGUGGCACGAUAUAAAACCCUUUCCCCACUCCAGCUGAUAUGGUUGCGCCAUUAGUUUUUUUCAAACGUACUCAAUUUUUUCAUUUGCGAUUAUUCAUACAAGUACUCAAUUAACAUGGUUAUGCUGUUGUGUACGAUCCGAGCUUUAAAUAGAUUUUUUAUUGGCUGAGCUGGACGUAAAACUAAAUUCUUAUAAAACUCACUGAGCGAAUGCAUGCUGAUAAAUUAAAGAUGUAUCUGUGGGUUGCUGAAC